AUGGUUCGUUAUUCGCAAUCAAUCCCUCGUCAGUGUCACAAGUUGUGUCAAUUUUGUAUCUAAAUGUGGUUGUUCUACGGCAACAUUUUGUACAAUACUAAUUUUUGAAUAUAUAUUUGAAUGUGCUUACUGAAAGAAAACAUAGAGUGAAAAAUAGUUGUAAUCAUGCCAGAGAUAGCAACAAUAUCUUACCCGAGUUCCGACAAAAAUCAAGAUUCCAACCUUUCCAAUGGAAACCUUCAUGACGAUGACCAGGUCGAUGCGUUACCAUCCGAAAACGAUGAACAAAACCGUCCCGAGUGGUCCAACAAGCUUGAAUUUCUUAUGUCAUGUAUUUCGAUGUCCGUUGGCCUAGGAAAUGUGUGGCGUUUUCCGUUUACCGCGUACGAAAAUGGGGGUGGAGCGUUUUUAAUUCCCUACCUCAUCGUGUUAUUUGUCAUUGGACGGCCGCUGUACUACCUGGAAAUGGCUCUGGGGCAAUUUACAAGCAGAAGUUCGGUGAAAAUUUGGCAGAUUUCCCCAAUAUUCAAAGGAAUCGGUAUUGGACAACUAGUUGGCACGACUUCGGUAGUCAGCUACUACGUGUCAUUGAUAGCAUUGACUGCCCACUACCUGUUUGCAUCGUUUGCAUCCGAGCUACCAUGGGCAAAGUGCGAACCGUCCUGGGGAGACAAUUGUGUGGACUCUUCGCAGAUAGCCAGCGAGCCGCAAAGUGCAAACAGCUCGGAGUUGCAGAGAGUUAGCAGUUCACAAAUAUAUUUCUUAGAUGUAGUAUUGAAGGAAAAAUCGCAAAUUGACGACGGCAUUGGGGCACCAGACUGGAAACUCACGCUGUGGCUGCUGCUGGCAUGGGUAAUCAUCUUCUUGGUGCUGGUGCGGGGUGUUAAAAGCUCUGGAAAGGCAGCCUACUUUUUGGCGAUCUUCCCUUACGUUGUGCUGAUCAUCAUUCUGGUUCGCGCACUAACGCUUGAAGGAGCCGUCGAUGGAUUGCUAUUCUUUAUCAAGCCACAGUGGGGGGAGUUACUUAAUCCUAAGGUGUGGAAGGAAGCAGUGGUUCAGUGCUUUUUCUCACUAGCAGUUGGAAUGGGACCGGUCGUAAUGUAUGCAUCAUAUAACAAUUUCAAACACAACUCUUAUAGAGAUGCUAUGAUCGUGACAACAUUGGAUACAUUUACUAGUUUGUUAGGCGGCAUGACAAUUUUCAGCAUUCUGGGAAAUCUAGCUCACAAUCUUGGAAUCGAAGACAUUUCCAAAGUGGUCAAAAGCGGGACCGGCCUUGCGUUCAUUUCCUACCCGGAUGCCAUCGCUAAAUUCGACAUCGUCCCACAGCUCUUUUCGGUGCUUUUCUUCUUCAUGCUGUUUGUCUUAGGAGUAGGCUCAGCAGUAGCAUUGCAUGGUACAUUAAUCACGGCAUUUUGGGAUACAUUUCCAAAAAGGAAAUAUUGGCACAUAGCACUGGUUUUAUCUAUCAUUGGAUUUUGCACAGGACUGGUGUAUGUUACUCCCGGUGGACAGUGGAUACUGGAACUGGUUGAUCAUUACGGAGGCACCUUUCUAAUAUAUGUUCUGGCCAUUUUCGAAAUGGUUGCAAUUUUCUGGGUUUACGGCUUGGGCAACUGGUGCUACGAUCUGGAAUUCAUGGUGCAGCGUCGCGUAGGGCUCUACUGGCGGCUCUGCUGGGGUCUAAUAACGCCACUUUUCAUGAUUGCCGUUUUCAUCUAUUCACUGGUUGAAUAUAAAUGGCCCACGUACAGCGGUCAGCAGUAUCCGGACGAAGCAUUGAUUUGCGGCCUCAUCGUUUUUGCUAUCGGUGCAUCGCAGGUGCUAAUUUGGGCUGUGUGGAUUGUGGCAAGGGAUUCUACAAAAGAGUCGGUGUGGGCGAAAAUUGCGAAGGCAUCUAAGCCGGGCCCACAGUGGGGUCCCUGUGCGGACAACACGAGGAAGGCCUGGUUGAAAUACAAAGAGGAGGCUAAAACCAGGCGAGACGAUUUAAUUUAUGCCAAAAAUCAUUCUCCGAUUGUCAGGAAAUUGUGUGUUUUGUUUGGAUUGUACGAUGAUUUCAUAGUGCAAGAUAGCACCAAUCUAUAACCGUUCCAUGUUUAUACAAUGCAAAAUGAAGAAGCAAAUGAAAAGAUAUUUUAGCCUAAGACUUAUAUUGUGUAUGAAAUAUUAUUUAUUUAUUGCAUGGAAAGCUGAAUAGACCAGCUGUAUUUAACAGUCGAAGGAACUGCUAUAAAGAAAAUAAAGAAAAUUGA